GACAGCUCAUGGGUAAUAGAUAGUUUUGUUCGGUGCAAUUAACACCUUGCUAGCUGCUCACAAAUAUUUGCUGAACUUAUCGAACAUUUAUCAAUGACAAGUGUGACAGAAAGCGAUGAUAUGGUGUUGGCGGGCGAGUCACGAAAAGGGCAUUCGACACAAUAUCGCUCAUUCAUUUAGCAUGUGACGACACAAUCAAAGCGGGGCGGCCGAACAGAAGCUAAAACGCUGAAGGCGUGAAGUCUCAAUCUCAGCGACUUAGUUUCGCUUUCUGCCCCGACUUGUGAAUACUUGGAAAGAAACACCAUGAGGAAUCACUUCAGUUGCUCGCUAAAUUUGCCAUGUUCACCGGUAGAAAUAAUGGUCGACCACGCCGUUGCAUUUUCUAUAUCUUAGCCUUUCUGUUCUCGCAAUUUCUAUUCGUUAUCAUACUUCUUCGCAGUGAAAGCUUCGAUAAUGUGCCACUCAGCCAACAAACAAAACAUGAUAACGACAGUUGGGAACACUAUCUGGACUGGCGUGAGUUUAUCUCUUAUACAUCAGAGAGGUCUGCGAAGUUUUACCUAUACAAUCUUAACCUGAGUGAUACUUUGGGAGUAAUACGUAAAUUGCCCUCAACAAGGCAUUACAGCUGUGGCUACCGCCCCCGUAACCUUCCGCCCCCUUCGAAGGCCAAUGUGAGUGUGGUGAUCAGUUUUCACAACGAGGCGCGUUCCAUGCUGCUGAGGACGAUUGUGUCCCUGCUGGCUCGCACCCCCGAGGACUAUCUGCACGAGCUAAUCCUGGUGGACGACGGCAGUCAGGAUGUGACCCUGCUGGCUGACCUUAAGCGUUGGAUGGGCGGCGUUUUCGGGGCGAGUCGUCGCCUGGGGGUGCAGUUCCUCGUAAACCGGGAGCGGAAGGGCCUGAUUUGGUCGCGCAACAGGGGCGCUUCGUUGGCCGGCGGACACUAUGUGCUCUUCCUGGACAGCCACUGCGAGGUGAACGAGGGCUGGCUGGAGCCCCUGCUGGAAAGACUAACGCUGAGUCCCCAACUGGCUGUAAGUCCAGUUCUGGACCCCAUUGACCCCCUAACUUUGGGUUACCGGAAGGGCAAUGAGCUGCUAAAAGGGGGCUUCGAUUGGUCCUUGCACUUCCACUGGCUGAGGCGACAGCUGGCCGAAAAGGAGCUGCCCGAGAUGCCGUACAAGAGUCCUGCCUUUGCCGGCGGCAUCCUGAUGAUGUCACGCGAAUGGUUCCUUAAGCUCGGCGGCUUCAACUCCUAUCUGAAGAUCUGGGGCGGCGAGUCCAUCGAGCUGGCCAUUAAAUUGUGGCUUUGCGGCGGACAAAUUGAGAUCGUGCCCUGCAGUCGAAUCGGACACAUCUUUCGCCGACGGCAUGCCUUCGACUUUCCCCCGCAAUCCGACGCCCAGGAAACCUAUCUGCAUCGCAUGCUGAUUGGAUUCGCCAUUCCCCACUUCUCCCCCACCCAAUAUAGCAACUCCAAAAUCAUAGCCGAGUCCUGGCUGGACGAGUAUAAAAAUAUGUUCUACGCACUGAGGCCGGCGGCCAGGCGAAUUCCAUUGGAUUACACCUCCGACGAGAUGCAGCAGUUGAGCAGGCAGCGCCAGUGCCAACCGUUCGAAUGGUAUCUGAGGCAUGUCAGUCCCGAACUAAGGAUGCAGUUUGAGGAGCUGGCUGCCACGGGAUCGCUGCGGAAUGGGGAUCGCUGCCUGCAUGCCAGACAAAAGGACGCCCAGUUGAUGCUGGCCAGCUGCCACCACGGCGAUGUGACCCAGUGGAGCAUGUUGCGCAGCAGUGGACAACUGAGCACCCAGCGGGAACUCUGCCUGGGCGUGGCAUCCACAAAGCGGAUAACCCUGGAGCCGUGUGGCAGGAAUGAGACCACGAGGAUGACCCAGCGGUGGUUGCGCCUCGGCACCCAUCUUCUCCAUGCCGGAACACUCCAGUGCCUGGAUAAUCCGCUCAGGGACCGACUGGAGCUGAGCGUUUGCCGUCCGCAUGCCCCCUCGCAGUCGUUUCAAUUUGCAUUGGAAAUGGAGACACACACAUAAACUUGGCUAAUGAUAUCCCAUACUUGAUACUGGAUAUCUGAUACCACAUACCCCCAUUGAUAUCGAAACUGAGCCUCUUAGUUUCUGGGGUUCUGGUUUUGGUUUUGGUUUUGGUUUUGGCUUUAACUUUGGUUUUGGCUGUGGCUGUGGCUGUGGGGAAAAGGUAAAUCUCUGGGCAUGCAGGUAAAUCAAAAUGCUGACAUGUUGUGCUAAUCUCUGUGAAACAUUUCCGCUGCCGGAGCAGCCUGGCCGUAGAUUACAGGGGAAGCAGUAAAUUAUGGCGCCAUAGAUAUAUACGGAAAGGUGCGCCGCGCCCAACUCCAAUGUCUCCCGGUUUUUGCUGUUUUGCAGCCUUUGUUGCGGAGUUGGAUGACUAUCAAGACUCGCAGCGCUUCCUGUCGCAUCCGUCACACGGGACAGGACACAAUAGGGGGCGGUGGCGGGGUGCGGAUCUGAGGCGUGGCAAGUAUAAAAGCCAACGACGCCGCCUUGUUUAGGAGGCCCUGUCAUCAGUCAGCGAACAAAAGCUGCGAGCUGCGAGCAAGGAGUCGCAAGGAGUCGCAAAUGUAAUUGAGUUGAUGACAAUGCCACUGACUGCCCGGCUCGCGCUUCCGGCAAUUUUGAUGGCCUCCGGAUGCCGGUCGACAAAAAGCGGCGACUCCGGAAACAAGAGCAAAUAAAACAGAAACAGUAGCAGUGGCAGUACCAACAAUGCCAACACAAAACAGAAGUUCAUGGUGUGUCUGGAUCUGGAUCUGAAUCUGGAUGUGGAUGUGGAUGUGGAUGUGGAUCACCCCCCCCCCCCUCACAACCAAGUUGCAAAGUGCAGUGGCAACUUAAGAUUUGUUUUGUUUCACCAUUCUUGCGGUAAUAAAGCGUAAAAGUUAAUUUCGUAUCUCAACAAUGGCAACAAGUGUGUCCACAGGGCACUGACAACUCAGCCAGUGCAAUAUUUUGCUCACAGUAGCAGCAGCUGCGCCAGCUGCGCGUAAAAAUCGCAUUUUUCACGGAACUUAAUAAAAACAAAAAGCCUUAGGUGGCCGUUUGGGGAAGUCUAACAAGUUGCAAUGGUUGGGUUUGCCUCUUCUGGUUUCCGCAAACUUAUUGUCCUGCACCUGGAAUGCAGGUAACAAUAAACCGUGCCUCGGUAAUAAAACGGCGAAGCACUAGAAAAUUUAAUUUUCUAUAAAGUUUGUCCUGUCCAGGUAAAAAAGCUGGACCACUUAAAGGGGUCACUCCUUGACAUGGAUUUGCACCAAUUUGUAUAGGAUGGUUUUCUAAAAAGCUGCUUAAUCAUCGAGGCCCCCAGCGAACUGGAAACUGAGCCCAAGGACGAACCUUAAUUAUGAGCGCAACCAUCAGCCAGCCAUGCAAAACUUGAUUAUUCAUUUGAAGACUCAUUUUAUUAUCUGCAUAAAUCUUUGCCGAACGAAAGCAACCAA